AUGGACGACAUCCCGCCCUUUACUCCCGUCUCCAUCGACGACGUCCCCUCCAUCCACCAGCGCGUCGUCAACAAAUUCCACACCCACACCACCCGCCCCAUCGAGUACCGCCUAAGACAACUCCGCUCAUUCUACUGGGGUCUCAAAGAUGCCGAGUCCGCGCUGCUGGAAGCCUGCAAGCUCGAUUUGGGGAAGAGCGCCUACGAGGCGUAUCUUACGGAAGUGGGGUGGGUGUUGAACGAUAUCCUCUUCAUGAGCAAGAACUUGGCGCGAUUUGCGAAGGAUGAGAGUGCUGAGGACAUGGAUUUGACGAAUAAAUUCAUGCGGCCCAAGAUUAGAAAGGAUCCGUUGGGCGCUGUGUUGAUUAUUGGAGCGUACAACUUUCCCAUACAGUUGAGUCUGGGCCCGCUGGUGGGAGCCAUCGCGGCGGGAUGUACUGCGGUGUUGAAGCCGAGUGAGAGCGCACCGAAUGCGGCCAGAAUCAUGCAGCAUGUCGUUGCGGAGAGUCUGGAUCAUGAGGCGUAUCAGGUGCUGCAGGGAGCUGUACCGGAGACCACAGCUCUCCUCGACUGCAAGUGGGACAAGAUCUUCUAUACCGGCUCAGCGAACGUCGGCAGAAUCAUCGCGAAGAAGGCCGCCGAAACACUAACACCAGUCGCACUAGAACUCGGCGGCCGCAACCCAGCCAUCAUCACCAAGAACGCCGACCCCCGUCUCGCAGCACGAAGACUCUUAUGGGCAAAGCUUCUAAACGUCGGCCAAGUCUGCGUCUCACAAAACUAUAUCCUGAUCGACCACGACGUCCUCCCCGAAUUCAUCCGCCAACUCGAACUCGCCCUCGUCGAAUUCCAACCCAAAGGCGCUCAAGGCAACUCCGACUACGGCAAAAUCAUCAACGAGCGGCAAUGGCUGCGCCUCAAAGAAAUGCUCGACUCCACCAGCGGCAAAAUCCUGCUAGGCGGCAACACAGACCGCUCCACCCUCUUCUUCGAACCCACCGUCGUUCAAGUCUCCUCCCCCGACGACUCUCUACUAAAAGACGAGUCCUUCGGCCCCCUCAUCCCCAUCCUCCCCGUUGCCGACCUCGACGAAGCCAUCCGCAUCUCCAACAAAGUCCACCCCACACCCCUCGGCCUCUACCCCUUCGGCAGCAAAUCCGAAACCGACCGCAUCCUCUCCGAGACCCGCUCCGGCGGCGCUUCGGUCAACGACGCUUUCUUCCACGCUUCCAUCCCUACUCUCCCCUUUGGCGGCGUCGGCGACAGCGGCUCAGGCAGUUAUCGGGGGCGAGCGAGUUUCGAGUGCUUCACGCAUCGAAGGAGUGUGACGACGACGCCGAGUUGGAUUGAGGGCAUGCUGAAUGUGAGAUAUCCGCCUUUUACCGAGGCGAAGUUGAGGAAGUUGAAGAAGAUGACGGAGGGGAAGCCGGAUUUUGAUCGGGAGGGGCGGGUCAAGAAGGGGUGGGUGUGGUGGCUAUUGGGGUUGGGAGGGAGCGGGAUGGGUGAGGGCGUGACGAGAUGGGCUAUCAUUGCCGUUGUGGCUGUCGCGGUCAAGGUUUUAAGGGCGAGGAUAUGA